CGGCAGUUGUGUAGAUCGCUGAGAGACUACGAGGGUCCGGUUCAGUUUUAAUUCUGUCUCUAAUCUCUGCAACAGCCGCGCUUCCCGGGUCGCGCGGCUCCCGCGCGCGAUCUGCCGCGGCCGGCUGCUGGGCAAAAAUCAGAGCCGCCUCCUCCCCAUUACCCAUCAUGGAAACCCUCCAGGAAAAAGUGGCACCGGACGCGCGAGCCUGAGGAUUCUGCACAAAAGGUGCCCAAAAUGAAGACCCUGAUGAUUUCAAACUUGCAAGGAUCGCAAGGAUCCAGGGCCCCAGGAAAGGAGGGGUGUGAAGGACUCAAGAUUCCAGCAGCUUGGCUGGGGUGGCUGCGCCAGACGGACCCUUCCCCAAAGUGCAAACCCACCCCUGUCCUCGGCCCCGGCGCGCUCCCUCAGCCCGGGGCCGUACACCACCUGCCCUCUACCGAAAGAUCUGGGCGGCGGCGGCGGAAAGCAGCGACGCGUCCGGAGCAUUCCUUGCGCGCCAUGGUCUGGCAGUGUGUUUAGCGCUCACCACCAUGUGCACCAGCUUGUUGCUAGUGUACAGCAGCCUCGGCGGCCAGAAGGAGCGGCCCCCGCAGCAGCAGCAGCAGCAACAGCAGCGGCAGGCGUCGUCCACCGGCAGCUCGCAGCCGGCGGCGGAGAGCAGCACCCAGCAGCGCCCCGGGGUCCCCGCAGGACAGCGGCCACUGGACGGAUACCUCGGAGUGGCGGACCACAAGCCCCUGAAAAUGCACUGCAGGGACUGUGCCCUGGUGACCAGCUCAGGGCAUCUGCUGCACAGUCGGCAAGGCUCCCAGAUUGACCAGACAGAGUGCGUCAUCCGCAUGAAUGACGCCCCCACACGCGGCUAUGGGCGUGACGUGGGCAAUCGCACCAGCCUGAGGGUCAUCGCGCAUUCCAGCAUCCAGAGGAUCCUCCGCAACCGCCACGACCUGCUCAACGUGAGCCAGGGCACCGUGUUCAUCUUCUGGGGCCCCAGCAGCUACAUGCGGCGGGACGGCAAGGGCCAGGUCUACAACAACCUGCAUCUCCUGAGCCAGGUGCUGCCCCGGCUGAAGGCCUUCAUGAUUACUCGCCACAAGAUGCUGCAGUUUGAUGAGCUCUUCAAGCAGGAGACUGGCAAAGACAGGAAGAUAUCCAACACUUGGCUCAGCACUGGCUGGUUCACAAUGACAAUUGCACUGGAGCUCUGUGACAGGAUCAAUGUUUAUGGCAUGGUGCCCCCAGACUUCUGCAGGUAUCCCAAUCACCCUUCAGUACCUUAUCAUUAUUAUGAACCUUUUGGACCUGAUGAAUGUACAAUGUACCUCUCCCAUGAGCGAGGACGCAAGGGCAGUCAUCACCGCUUUAUCACAGAGAAACGAGUCUUUAAGAACUGGGCACGGACAUUCAAUAUUCACUUUUUUCAACCAGACUGGAAACCAGAAUCACUUGCUAUAAAUCAUCCUGAGAAUAAACCUGUGUUCUAAGGAAUGAGCAUGCCAGACUGUAAUCCCAGGUAUUCACUGCAUCAGACACCGAGACCCUGAACUUCCUGAGCCACGAGACAGGAAAGAGUAGCAGAAAACAGCUUCACUCCUCAGGAAGUACCAUGGACAGAUGCCUACCGGGCAUGACAAAGCAGUGCAGUUGAAUUGUAAGGAAAAAUUCCGGAAUUAAUGCAUCCUAAUGAAUGUUGUCCCCUUCAAUGGCGUUACCUUAGGAGCUGAAUAUUCAAUUCAGUUAUACCACUAUGACUAAAAACAGUUUGGAUCUCUUAGUAUUGCCUUUGAAACUGCAACAUAAGCAACUCAGCAAUAUUAGUUGCAUUCCUUUAUGGAAAUACCAUGUCAAAGACGUUUUUCUAUCAAGUUGUAUUCUUUCCUGUUCUAUAACCUUUGUCAUCUGUUAAACUGUGUAUGUGUGAUUUGUAAAAAGCAGGCUGAAACUAUGGACAUGAUUUCUGAAGAGCACAUCUCCACUGACUUUCAUAAAGCAAAUGUCUAAUAUUUAUUGAGAGUUUUUUAGUGCAAUCUGGGUCAGUAUUUUUAUAGAUUAUGAUUAUGUGGUAAUUUAUCCUUCCUAACUCUUUAAUCCUGAAUGAUGGUUAGAAAUGGCCUAGAAUUAGGUUACUCUGUUCACAAUGCUCAUUGUUAGCAUGCAAUUGGUAUUUGACUUGGAAGUGUUGUGUUGUAUUUUUUGAACCCCUAGGCUUCAGGAAAACUGCUCUUUUGUAAAAAGAAUAGCGAUGACAUUUUCUAAUGUGCAGAAAUGUUCCAAAAGGACAAAAUUGAAAACCAAAAACUAUGUUAUUAAAACAAAAAAAUGCUAACAAGAGAAAUUUAAAGGUAGUUUUCUUUAGUAAUAAUUUAUGUAAGUGUCCUCUCUUGAGCCCUAGUUUCCUCUUUGGCAGAAUGAUGUCACUGUACCAGACAACCUCUUAGGUUUCAUCCCAAAUCUAAACUUGUGGCCUCUUCUUGACCCAUUUGAAGACCCUGCACUUGGAGUGAUGGGGCCCCAACAGUAGCAGGAACUUUAUUUUGGGGAGCCUUAUCUACAUUCAUAUGACUUAUCUCACUCUUGUGGUUAAAACUGCACUUCUUCCUGGGUUCACAUGGGCUAAAAUCUACCCCCUGCUCCUCUCAAAGCAUCACCAUCCACCUCUUCCCCAGCCUUUCAACACAAAAACACAGGAUACACACACACACACACACACACACA